AUGAUAACAUUAUGGAUAAAGAUGAAGCUGUUUUUGUUGAUUCUCCUCUGCUAUGGCUCAUUCGCAGUGAAACACUCGCUGAAGUACUUUGUCACUGGAUCUUCUGGAGCUCUGAACAUCCCAGAACUUUUUGGUGUACUGAUGGUUGAUGGCAUUCAGAUGGGUUACUGUGACGUGAGCAAGAAGAUAUUGGAACCAAGACAGGAGUGGGCGAGGAAAAUUUUAGAAAAACGCCCUGAGCAACUGGACUGGUACAAGCACAAGUGUUUUGAGGAUCAGCCAAACUUCUUCAGAGAGCUGAUUUCCAGUUUGAAACAGCAGUUCAAUCGAAGUGAAGGUGUCCACAUUUUACAGAGGAUAGAUGGCUGUGAAUGGGAUGAAACCACUGGGGAGGUUAUUGGUAUAAUACAGUAUCAUUAUAAUGGAGAAGACUUCCUUGAAUUUGAUCUGAAAACACGGACAUGGAUUGCACUGAAACCAGAGGCUGACGUUACCAAACAGAAAUGGGAUGAGGACCAACCUAGAAUAACACACAAAGAAAAUGACCUCAAAAACAUUUGUCCAGCACACCUGAAGAUGUAUGUGAAGCAUGUGAAAAGCUCCCCACAGAAAAAAGUUCUUCCCUCAAUGUCUCUCCUCCAGAAGACUCCCUCCUCUCCAGUCAGCUGCCACGCUACAGGUUUCUAUCCUGACAGAGCCAUGAUGUUCUGGAGAAAAGAUGGAGAGGAGCUUCAUGAAGGUGUGGAGAUAGGAGAGAUUCUCCCCAAUAAUGAUGGGACCUUCCAGCUGAGUGUUGACUUGAAUGUUUCAUCAGUAACACCUGAAGAGUGGAGAAGAUACGAGUGUGUGUUUCAGCUCUCUGAUGUUGAGAACAACAGUGUCACCACACUGAAUAAAACAGUGAUCAGAACCAAUUGGGACAGUCACGCAGAGAUCAUCAUCAUUAUCAUGUUUUCCCUUCCCUUCAGAAACUUGUAA